AUGGCUGCUUUCAAGCGACUUGUACGCUUCGCUGCCGGCACACAAACCCACUACGGCGACCUUCUCAGUGCUACGGGAACGACAUACACUGUUCGCAAACUUGAUGGCAAUCCCUUCACUGGCUUGAAGGCCACGGAGGAAAUUGUUACUGUGGAGCAGCUCGAAUGCCCUCUUGAGAGCACUCCGAUCGUGCUUUGUAUCGGACUCAACUAUAAGCAGCAUGCGGAGGAAGCCAAUCUUCCUGUGCCCUCGUAUCCCACUGUCUUCACCAAGCCCGCGGAUACACUUGCGGGGCCCUUUGAGACGAUCGACAUCCACCCCGAUGCGCGCAAGCUUCUCGACUACGAAGGCGAAUUGACGCUGGUGAUUGGCAAGGAUGCAAAGAACGUACCGGAGGUGGAAGCCCUCGACUAUCUUCUGGGCUACACGGCCGGCAACGACGUGUCGGCACGCAACUUUCAGCUGCCCGAAGCGUCCGGCGGCCAAUUCUGCUACGCCAAAUCAUUCGACCAGUUUGCGCCCAUCGGUCACAGCAUCGUGGCCGCACAGGAGGUCUCGGAUCCGCAGUCUCUGCAGCUGACGACCAGAGUCAAUGGCGUGGUCAAGCAGGAAACCAGCACGAGCGACAUGAUCUGGACGGUACGCCAAAUCAUUAGCCACUUGUCACGGGGAACGACUCUCCGGAAGGGGACCCUCAUCAUGACAGGGACGCCCUCGGGCGUCGGAUACUUCCGCAAAGAGUUCUUGCAAGAUGGUGAUGUCGUGGAGGUGGAGAUUGGGGGGAUUGCUGCGACCAAGAACCGCAUCCGCCAUAGCUGA